AGUCAAAUGCCCCAAAAAUGACCAUCACUUCUCUCCUUCACUAUAAAUACACUCAAUCAUUCAUCCCUAACUUUUCUUGCCUUCCAUUCUCAACCAUGAGGCCCCUUCUCAUCAUUCUUGCUCUUCUCCUGGCAAACGCUGCUGCAGAUUGUGAUGUGCUUCAAGAUCCCUGCGUUGCUGAUUUGUCCUCAGAAGUGAAAAUAAAUGGGUACACCUGCAAGAACGCUGCAACUGUAACUCCGAAUGAUUUCUUCUUUGCUGCCCUUGCCAACCCAUCCCCCAUCAACAACAACACCCUGGGGAUUGCGGUGACCUUAGGGAAUGUUGAAAAAGUCCCCGGAUUCAACACACUUGGUAUAUCUGUAGCACGCAUCGACUACGCCCAUGGUGGGAUCAAUCCUCCCCACUCGCAUCCACGUGCGUCUGAAGUGAUCUUCGUUCUGGAAGGGUUGCUCCAUUACCAGAAGAACAUUGGGAAGGGACCUGCCGCUGUUAUUGCUGCCUUUAACAGCCAGCUCCCUGGGACUCAGUCUGUCGCUGCCUCCUUGUUUUAAGCCACACCAGCAUUGCCUGAUAAUGUCUUGGCCAAGGCAUUCCAUAUUGCUACCCCGGAGGCUGAAAAGAUCAAGUCAAGGUUUGCACCCAAGUAGCUAGAUGACAGUCCUCUGAAUUUAAUACAAUCAAAGUUGGUGG